CUAAGAAAAGCAAGGAUGAGAGGUAUAUAAUGGGAUUGACAUCAUAAAUUUGUCAGUGAUCUUUCAUUUUUAUCUGCGUCAUACAGGAUUCCUAAACAUACCUUUGCUCCGGCGUUUCUCGGUUCGUCAGCUGGUUAUGUGUGGUGGAAUCAUUUCAAGUUUGGGACUUGCACUUUCCUCCUUUGCUCAAACAAGUUCCCAAUUUUCAGCUGCGUUCACGGCGUACGGUUUUGGGAUCAUCUUCGUCAUUCUUCCAGCAACAACGUGCAUCACGGAUUACUUCCCAGAUCAUGUAUCGAUUGCAACGGGAACCGUUCUUGCUGGGGGAAGCGCUGGAGUCACGGCGAUGCCUUGGUUAUUCCAAAACCUGCUCAGUCAUUAUGGUUGGAGGGGUUCUAUUUUAAUCCUUGCUGGAAUAAAUUUUCAUCUGGGAGUCAUCGGUGCCCUUUUGGAACCAGUGCAGAAAAAUGGCAGGGAUUCUCCCAGUGUCAAGGAUGAAAUGGAUACCACCGUUGAUGUUUCGCUUGAUGAUCAUGCAAGUAGCGUACAGGAAGAAUGUGCAACCAUCUCUGGUGGACUGGUUCCUUCCGCGGAAAACAUGCACGAGCAAUUCGCGCCAAUUAUGGACAACUCUCUAAGUGACGUAGAAGUUAAUGCUGUCUGCGGAACCGACGAUGAUCGGCUGGAGUUAGGAAAGUGGUCAUUGGCAAGAGAUCAAAGGGGUAAAGAUGUUUCCCACAUUGAAGACAUUACAGACAAACCUGAGGAAGGAAAUCGGAAAGGAAGAUAUGCCAACUGCAAAUCCAAAGCACUGCAUUUAUUUGGGUUGGGCAUCUUUAGAGAUCACCCCUUAAUGAUCCUUGUGUUCAUAGAAUGUUUCUUAUUCUGCCAUUCUUACCAUGCGUGGAUAUUAUACGUUAUUCCAAACGCACUCUCAAAGGGGAUAUCCCCCAAAAGAGCAGUCCUUGUUUCCGUCACCGGAGGUGCCAUCAACUUCAUCGGUCGUUUGGGAAUAGGAUUCUUCUGGUCAUUGAAAUGCAUCAGGUUCGAUCUUUGGUACUCGCUGAUGUUUCUCCUCUCUGCAGUUGCAUUCGCGUCGAAUUUCGUUGCAGAAUCGUUUGGAUUUCUGAUGGCGCUUUCUGCAUGCUAUGAUCUCUUCAUGGGGGCCAUGAUCAUGUCACAAUUCCAGUUGGUCUACAAUACUGUAGGAGAAGUCGAUUACAAAACAGGAAUCUCUGUGUUCUUCUUCGGCUUUGGUCUCAGUGGCCCGAUAACAGGAGCAAUAUUUGGUACUCUGUACGAUACCACAGGGUCAUACGAUGUUGCGUUUGGGAUAAUAGCAGCGUUGGCCGUAACAGUGGCCCUCCUAAAUAUUACACCACUUUGUUGGAAACGAUAUCAACGCCGUUCACAUGCAGAAUGUGAGACGAUAAACAAGAAGGUUUAGGAGCCAUGAUGAACAGUUGAACAACAUUGUACCAGUUACCAUGGUUACCAUCCUUCGAAAUGUGUUCUUCACUUUACGCUUGUUCCUAUAACAACUAUAACAACCGUUUCCCCCACAUUCUUAUAUAUAUA